UGUUUCGCUCAAAACAAUUGCCAAAUAUAUUUGUGUCAAUGCAAAAGCGGCAAUUUGUUGCAAGCGCUGUUGUGGCACAGCAACAAAAAUAACAAACCAUUUGGACUCUGCGAACUGCCUAAGGACGAUGCCGCAUGUCGUCGAUGCCAAUUACAACUGCAUUUGCAUUUGCAUACAAUGUGGCCAGCUGCUUUGACACGAUUGCUGAGACGUCGCUUCAUUUAUCUGCUCCUAGUGCUGCUCGCUCUCGUCUACGUCUUAGGCCAUCUCUUCGAUCGGAAGGGCACAUUUAGUGGCCUGCAUUACGAUGAAUAUAACGUGCAACGAACGCGUCCAUUGCUGUGGCAACAGCAGCUAUUGCUGCCCGAAGAGCAUCUCAAUCGUACCCAUGAUCCCGAACAGCACUGCCGCAACUCGGUGCAGGGCCGCCAACUGCUCGUCGACGAACGUGGCUUUGUCUGUCGACGCUCACAGAUUUUGGCCAACGGCUGCUGCAACCUGGAGCUGCCAGAGAUUAGCUAUUAUAGCUGCCACAGUUGCAAUGCCACCUCACACUGCUGUGGCAUCUACGAGUACUGUGUGUCGUGCUGCCUGCAUCCCAACAAACGCCCGCUCUUGGAACAAGUGCUGCAGGCAUCGAAUACACAGAAAUACAUAUAUGCCAGCGUCGAGGAUCAUUUUGAGCUGUGCCUGGUCAAAUGUCGCACCAACUCACAUUCGGUGGAGCAUGAGAACAAGUAUCGCAACGAGGCGGCCAAAUACUGUUAUGGCACCACCGAAGCGCACGAGUCGCAACGCGAUGUGGCACCCAAAGCUGGCUAGGAUUUCUUCCAGCUAACUAAGCUGGUGGCCCAAAACGUGCAAUCUCCCAAAUGAAAAAAAGAAA